AACUGGUGGGUGAGUGUUGAUUUAUUACACAACAUACACCUCAUCCUUUCACACUUUCCUUCUUUCCUUAUCCCCAAUUCCCAAACAAACCCUAACAUGGUCUAAUUAGCCCCUCUUUUCUCUUACAACAAAAUCUUGACUUUUUUGUACUUGCUAAACUGCUCAAAUCUUGCAGAAAGUUGCAGAUUCUGAGUUGAACUCAAGUUUAUGUCUGAAAUUGAGAUUACUUGUGGAGUUCCUAGUUUUGGAAUUUCGGAAGAAUAUAUUGGUUAGGUUUUUGAGAACUUGCUAUUUUUGAAUGGAUGAUGCUGAGGACCCUUAUUCUGAGUCUCGAGGUUUUGAGUCGUCACAGUGUCCCAAGAUUCGUGUCCGGAAUGUAUCUUAUCCUCGCAAUGAUGGUGAUCAAUAUGUGGAAGGUGAUGAUGACACCGAAGUUGACGAACCAAAUGAAGAAGAGGAAGAGGAAGAAGGUGAUGGUAAUGAGGAAGAUAUUAUUCAGCUGAAUGGUAAGGCCGAAGAUGUCAGUGAUGAAGAUGAUGUUCUAGAUGAAGAGGGAAAUGAGGAUGGGGAUGAUAGCGAUCAUGAUGACGAAAAUAAUUCAAAUGAUUAUAGGAGGAUAGAAAGUGAUCUACACAGACAACCGAAGAAGAGGAAGAUGAAGAGCUUGCUAUCAAGUUAUGAAUUUGCUCCUCGAGUUCCAGCUCCUUUAGCUAUGACUAAAUCAGUUCCAAAGCCAUCUCAUGGUGGUCGGAAUGCACUUUCAGACUGGACUGAACACGAGACUUUUGUUCUACUAGAUGCUUGGGGUGAUAGGUUUCUUCAGCGUGGAAGGAAGAGCCUUAGAUCUGAAGAAUGGCAAGAAGUUGCGGAGAAGGUCUCACAGCAAUCAAAACUUGUAAGGACUGACACUCAGUGUCGUAACCGUUUAGAUACAUUGAAGAAGAAGUACAAAAAGGAGAAGAUGAAGCUACAGGGAAUGAUGGAUACAACUAGUAAAUGGGUGUACUUUAAAAAGAUGAACAUGUUAUUGUCAUCAACGCCACAGCAACCAAGGCUUUCACGUAGAGUGAAUUCUGUGAACUCUGAGUAUGUUACCCAGUACACCAGGGUACCCUUGAAUCGCGCCUGUGGUAUAGAUGAGUUGAGUAAUAGUCCAGAAAAUUCAGAAUCUGUCGAGGCCGAGGAAAAGGGUUCAGAUCUGCUUCCACCAAAGCGAACAAGCAGAGUGGAUGGAGGUUCUUUCAGAUUGCUUGCAGAAUCUAUUACAAAAUUUAGUGAUAUUUAUGAGAAGAUUGAGAGUAGCAAAAGGAAACAGAUGUUAGAGUUGGAAAGAAUGAGGAUGGACUUCUUCCGUGAACUGGAAAUGCAGAAGAGGCAGAUAUUAGAAAGAGCAAGCGCGGAGAUUGCAAGUAUACGCCGAGGAGAUGAUGAACAGAAUGACGAUUCUGCUGAGAAUUUCAGUAAUUGAGGCAUCUGUUUUUUUUUUUUAUCUUAGUGCUAAGGAUGGACUUUUUAGCAAACUUGAAAUGCUGAAAGACUGCUAUUGGAAAGCAAAGGCUGAGAGUGCAGAUAAUGGUUCUGCUAAAAUUUUCAGUCCUGUUUUUCAAAUCCUGCAUCGGAUAUUUACCUAGCUGUGUAUCGUAUAGACGUAUACUAUCCAGGCAUCAUCCAUUCAGGAUCUAAUGUUUGAGGCAAUAAAGUUGCUGGCAUAAAUGAAUGUAUUUGUUUCAAUAAAGAAACUUUGUAUGUGAUUCAGUAUGUUAAUCCAAGCACCAUUCUUAAUUUUUUAGCUUA